AUGCGGAGUCUUGAGAUCUCUCGAUUGAAGAGAGACCUAGUGGCAUCCGAAGAGGUCGUGCACUAUCAAAAGGGAGAACUUAAGCGCCAUAAGGAAAAAUUCGAGAAAGAAAGAUCGUGUUGGAUGCAUCAGUUAGAAGAAUGUAAGAGAAAAAUCAGUCAUUAUGUUGAUAUCGAAGAGGAGCAAAGAAAAUUGAUCAUCGAGAGAGCAACACUUCGCCAUCAACUUGAAGUAGCAGAAGGGCGAGAGUCCCUCUUGAGGAAUAAUCUGGGUGAUCAUCAGGCUUUGUUAAAUGACUGUCAUCUAAACAUGGGAAGGGCUAGACUUAAAGUUCAUCAACUGGCAGAGCAAACCUCCUAUGUUAUUAAAAAUCAGCGCCGUAUGAAUGAUCAAGAAGUCGCUGAUCAAGAACGGACCAUUGUUUCCCAUCUGCCGAAGGUCCCAAUAUCAGAACCUUUCUUCCCUCCAGGGUAUGGUCCAUUUGAUAAUUGUGGGGUCGGGCCAUCAAUGACACGUCCUCAAGGCAUGCCAUUCAGGAAUAAUCCCACUGUCACAACAGCUACACCGGUCUAUACACUCCCACAACCGACUGUGAUGCAAAGAGCAGCUCAAGAGGGACAGUUCACCACUCAUCUGCAGCAGUAG